UCAACCAAUUAACCGGAAGUUUGUGAAAAGAAAGAGCACCACAAGCCUGAAUGCUACCCUGAUCAGCCAACAGGUUGAUCAACCUACAACCUGCAGUAAUGUCUGGCUCAAUAGAAAUCCCUCUUCGGGACACCGAUGAGGUGAUUGAGUUGGAUCUGGACCAGCUGCCUGAGGGGGAGGAGGUACUCAGCAUUCUGAGACAGGAAGUGGCCCCUCUUCAUAUCUGGGUGACUCUAGCUUUGGAGUAUUACAAACAGAACUAUGUCCAAGACUUUGUCAAGAUUCUGGAUGCCUCCAGAACGGAUGCAGGGUUGGAUUAUCCCAACUUUGAGAGAGACCAAAUGCGCGCUCUUGACACACUGGCUGCCUACUAUGUCCAGAAAGGACACAAAGAAAAGAACAAGGAUAAGAAGAGAGAGCUGUUUACCCAGGCUACCCUGCUGUACACUACUGCUGACAGAAUCAUCAUGUAUGACCAGAACCAUUUGUUGGGUCGAGCCUACUUCUGUUUGUUGGAGGGAGACAAAAUGGAACAAGCUGAUGCACAGUUUAACUUUGUGUUGGGUCAGGCAAACAACAACAUCCCCUCACUCCUGGGUAAGGCCUGCAUCGCCUUUAACAAGAAGGAUUACCGAGGCGCCUUGGCCUAUUACAAGAAGGCACUGAAGACAAACCACAACUGUCCGGCCUCCGUCAGACUCGGCCUCGGUCACUGCUUUGUCAAACUCAAUCGUCUCGAGAAAGCAAGGAUGGCGUUUGAGAGAGCCCUACAGCUGGACUCGCAGUGUGUUGGAGCUUUGAUCGGUCUGGCUAUUCUGGAGCUGAAUUCUAAGACACAGGACUCCAUCAAGAAUGGCGUCCAGUUACUGUCCAAAGCCUACACCAUUGACUCCACCAAUCCCAUGAUCCUCAACCACCUGGCCAAUCAUUUCUUCUACAAGAAGGAUUAUCAAAAAGUACAGCACCUGGCCCUCCAUUCUUUCCAUAACACAGAGAAUGAAGGCAUGCGGGCAGAGAGCUGUUACCAGCUGGCCAGGGCCUUCCAUGUUCAGCAAGACUAUGACCAGGCCUUUCAGUAUUACUACCAGUCCACACAGUUCGCUCCCCCUAACUUUGUGCUGCCAUUCUUUGGACUGGGCCAGAUGUACAUCUACAGAGGUGACAAUGAAAAUGCCUCCACCUGUUUUGAGAAAGUUCUGAAGGCUCAGUCAGGGAACUAUGAGACAAUGAAGAUUCUGGGUUCCCUGUAUGCCAACUCAUCGGACCCCGGGAAAAGAGACAUAGCUAAGCAACACUUGAAGAAGGUGACAGAACAGUUCCCUGAUGAUGUAGAAGCCUGGAUAGAGCUGGCCCAGAUCUUGGAGCAGCAGGAUGUACAGGGAGCUUUGUCCGCUUAUGGAACAGCGACUCGCAUUCUGAAAGAGAAAGUAGAGGCAGACGUUCCUCCGGAGAUCUUGAACAAUGUUGCAGCUCUUCAUUUUCGACUUGGAAAUCUCCAAGAGGCUAGGAAAUGUUACGAGGCAUCUCUGGAGAGAUCUCGCAGUGAGGCCCAGCAUGAUGAGACAUACUACAGUGCCAUCUCAGUGACGACCACCUAUAACCUAGCCAGGCUGUAUGAGGCGACUCACGAGUAUGACGAUGCCGAGAGACUGUACAAGAGUAUCCUCAGAGACCAUCCUAACUAUGUCGACUGUUAUCUGAGAUUGGGAUGCAUGGCUCGAGAACGCGGCCAGAUUUACGAAGCCUCUGAUUGGUUUAAGGAAGCCCUGCAGAUUAAUCAGGAUCACCCAGAUGCUUGGUCUCUGAUUGGAAAUCUCCAUUUAGCAAAGCAAGAGUGGGGACCAGGACAAAAGAAGUUUGAGCGAAUCAUUGGACGACCUAACACCAAAGACGAUGCCUACUCUCUGAUCGCCCUGGGCAAUGUGUGGCUACAGACACUACACACACCAAUGAGAGACAAGGACAAGGAAAAACGUCACCAGGAAAGAGCUUUGGCGAUGUAUAAACAAGUGCUCCGAAAUGAUGACCGCAACAUCUGGGCCGCAAAUGGAAUUGGCUGUGUUUUGGCUCACAAGGGCUGUAUUAACGAGGCUCGAGACGUGUUCGCCCAGGUUCGUGAGGCCACAGCUGACUUCUGUGAUGUCUGGCUCAACAUUGCCCAUAUCUAUGUGGAGCAGAAGCAAUACGUCGCCGCAGUACAAAUGUACGAGAACUGUUUGAAGAAGUUCUUUAAGUACCACAACACGGAGGUGAUGGUGUACCUGGCCAGAGCUUACUUCAAGUGUGGACGCCUCAAGGAGUGCAAGACCAUCCUACUGAAGGCGCGGCACGUGUCCCCCAGCGACACGGUCCUACUGUACAACAUUGCCCUGGUGCUACAGAAGCUGGCCACCUCCAUCCUGAAGGACGAGAAGAGUAACCUGAAGACGGUUCUCAGUGCCGUCAAAGACCUGGAACUGGCCAUCAAAUAUUUUAACCAACUUUCCACUCACGGAGACCGGAUGAAGUUUGAUUUGAACCAGGCAGCAUCUGAGGCUCGACAAUGCUCGGAUCUGCUGAGUCAGGCUCAGUAUCAUGUGGAGCGAGCACGCAAGAUUGACGAAGCGGAGAGAGAAAUGAGAAAGAGGCAUGAAGAGGAAAGGGAGGCAAUCCGACAAAAGCAAAAGGCUGAACAGAUGGAGAAACAGAAGAUCAAGCAAGAGAUGGACAAGAAGUUGAUGGAGCAGCGUGCCAAGUUUGUGGAGAAAGCCAAGAAGAUCUCGCUGCUAGAUCCUGACGGCGACGAGAAGCCCCGGAAGUCAGGGUCAAAGAAGGGAAAGAAGAAUGAUGACGCGGACGACUUUAUCUCUGAGGGCAGCAGUGACGACCGACCCAAGAAGAAGAAGAGGCGCGGGUCAGACACAGAAAAUAACGAGGACGGGGAGGGGCGCAGGAAGAAAAAGAGGCAAAGGGCUAGACGAGGGGGUGGUGAUUCUGACGAAGAAGGGCGCUCUCGCGGGAAGAAGAGGAAGGAGUCGAGUCAGAAAGGGGAGCGACUCACUGAGAAACAGCGACGGAAAAUUCGCUCCAAGGCCAUCAUCUCCUCUAGUGAAGACUCAGAUUCGGAUGGCGGGAAGAAACUUAAAAUUGCGGCUAGCAGUGGAAGUGAGGAUGAGGCAGCAGAAGGUGUGGGUAAAAGAAGGAGGAUAAUGUCAGACAGUGAGAGUGAUGCUGGCAGUAAAAAAUCUGGUUCAAGGUCACGAUCUCGCAGCCGGUCAGGAUCGAGGAGUCGAUCCAGGAGUCGCUCUGGUUCAAGGAGGUCAGGAAGUGCAGCAAGCAGGAAGUCAGGAUCCAGAUCUCGAUCCAGAUCUGGAUCCCGUUCCAGGUCUCGCUCCAGAUCACGCUCCGGGUCUCGGUCACCUUCCCGAUCCAGAUCAAGGUCACGAUCUGUUUCCAAAUCAAGAUCAAGAUCUGGCAGCAGAUCCAGAAGUGGAUCUCCAGCCAGAAGUGGAAGUGGGUCACCAGCCAGAAGUGGAAGUGGGUCACCAGCUAGAAGUGGAAGUGGGUCACCAGCUAGAAGUGGAAGUGGGUCACCAGCCAGAUCAAGGUCUGCUUCCAGGUCACGAUCCAGAUCUAGGUCCGGCAGUCCAGCUAGAAGUGGAAGUCCAGGAUCUGGAGGUCAAAGGUCACCAGCAAAUUCUAACAGUGGAAAUGAAAGCGAUUAAACAUUAACAUUUACUCUGAACAAAUACACAUGCAUGUACUUGCAAAAAUGAACUUAUAUCUGAAAAUCAUCCAGAUUAUUCUUAUAACUAAAGAAGAGAUAUUUGUUGCAGCUAAGAGUAACAGAGUAUAGGUUGUUGUGUUGAAUACAAAAUUUAAUGCUGUUAUUCAUCCAAUUGAAUGCAUAGAAAAAAGUGUUAUGAAAUCAUUAAAAAGUAUUGAUUUGAGCAAGUUACUAAUUUAUCAUUUUUUAGGUUUUGUAACAGCUGUGCAUUGUUUUUGUAAUCAUCAGAAUGUUCAAAGCUUACAUAUUGUUGUAUAUUCAUAUUGAAACUGGUUUUGAUUUUCAAAAUAAAUUGUAGCAUAGAAUCAAACAUUGAAA